UGAAUGCAGGGUCCGGGGAGACCAGAUAUAGUGAAUGCAGGGUCCUGGGAGACCAGAUAUAGUGAAUGCAGGGUCGGGGAGACCAGAUAUAGUGAAUGCAGGGUCCGGGGAGACCAGAUAUAGUGAAAUUCAGGGUUCGGGGAGUCCAGAUAUAGUGAAUGCAGGGUCCAGGGAGACCAGAUAUAGUGAAUGCAGGGUCCUGGGAGACCAGAUAUAGUGAAUUCAGGGUUCGGGGAGUCCAGAUAUAGUGAAAUGCAGGGUCCGGGGAGACCAGACAUAGUGAAUGCAGGGUCGGGGAGACCAGAUAUAGUGAAUGCAGGGGUCCGGGGAGACCAGAUAUAGUGAAUGCAGGGUCCGGGGAGACCAGAUAUAGUGAAUGCAGGGACCGGGGAGACCAGAUAUAGUGAAUGCAGGGACCGGGGAGA